AAUAACAAUUCUAUGAUAGAAAUGUUGUGGAUUGUUUUCUUUGCUAGUUUUUCAUCAAAAGUUGCACUUGCUCAAGAGCCAACCUGUGCAUGCUCUAAAUUUCAUUACGAAGAACAAAUGCUAGAGAAAAUAGUGAGAAUGGAGUUCUCAGUGGAAAGAAUGAAAAUUGAAACGGAGGAGGCGAGGAAAAGUGUAGAGAAAACUACCGACGAAUUCAAAAGAUUAAAAGCUGAACAUGAACAUUAUGUAGACGCCUCUAAAAAGGAAAUACAAGAAUUAAAAGAGACGUUACGAACACCUACUAUUGCAUUUAAAGCGAAGAAAGUGAGAAACCGAAUGCCAAGCAUAGACGAAACUAUUGUCUUUAAAGAAACACUAUUUAACUUCGGAGAACAUUAUGACAACUUUACUGGAAUUUUUACAGCUCCUAUUCACGGGACAUAUCUCUUUACAAUACAUACCUGUUUGUAUAUACGUGUACACAUGUAUUAUGGGGUUAUGGUAGAAGGUGAAAGAAUCGCAAACGGAAUGUUUUAUGAAUGGAAUGCCAACAAUUGUAAUACUGUUGACGCAAUUGUGGUAAUGAAGUCUGAAGAUUGGGUGUGGGUGAAAUAUCUUAGGUCAUCUACGACAGGUCAAAAUGUGAUAGAAGGAAACAACGACAACAGAUGGAACACAUUUUCGGGGACUCUGAUACACACUUAG